CAAGGCGGGAUAGACAUGGAUCGGGUGAACUCGAGCCUGUGCCUGGAGAACCUGCGCAUGAUGCACGAGAACGAGCGGCUGCGGCGGAAGGCGCAGCAGCUGGACCAGGAGAACAAGGCCCUCCUCGCCGAGCUCAAGCGCAAGCAGCAGCAGCAGCAGCAUGCCUCGGCGUCGGCGGCGUCCCAGGGCGCCGCCCCUUCCGGUUCCGCCGCCGCCGCCACGACCGGCAACUUCAAGGCGGCCGGCAAGCAGCCCACCAUGUGAACAAGUACAGCGGCCACUGCUCGUGCGUGCGUGCAUGGAGCAUGGUUGCCUUUUGUGAGUAGUAGCAGCAGCACUAUGUAGGCUAGUGGAUAACUUGAGCAUACGCAUGCAGUACCUGUAGUAGUAGGAGGGUAGUUAGGAACUGAUCGAUUAUUACGGUGAAGCCACCAGCCAGCAGUGGCAGUAUUUUGGGCUAUAUAUGCAGCAGGUUUGCAGGAGUACUAGUACUGUACUUUACUGGUCAGUCAGCAUGCAAGUUCGUUCCUAAUGCAGGCUGCAUGCUACAUGCAUGUGUAAAGCAGUAAGCUCAAUGUAAUGGAUCUAUGUAGGGCACGUAAUAGAUCAUCCAGAUCGAGAAAUGAGAGAGAUAAUCAUCAGCAGCAGCAGCCGCGUUCUGCGGAUGAUGAAAUCAACUUCCUAGUUUAGGAACCUCUUUUUCAACCGAUGAGAUCCU